AGAGCGUGCGCCGCGCCGCAGGGCCGCGCGCGCGGCAGGCGCUGGCAUGCCGGGCAGCCACGGGGCCGCGCCGCAGUGGACCAUCCCCAGCGCCGAGAGGGGCAGGCCUCCGCGGACAGGCGCGGACGCCAUCGAUCCCGGGGCUUACAAGGUCGAGAGGGACUUUCCGACCUCCGCGGACGAGCUGCGAAAGGGCAAGCUGACCUCGUCGAGAUCCUCACCCUCGUUCACCUUCUCUGGGGAGGAUCGAACUGACGGCCGCGGCAAGCUGAAGGGGAUGAACUUUCCGCUGGGCCGCUGGCACAGCGACGCCGGCCCCGGGCAGUACGAUCUCGAGAUGACCUGGCCAGCCCGCCAGAGGGCCAAGCAGCCGCACUACUCCGUGCCAAAGGCCGCGAGGGCCACGCAGGCAGCUCCUCGCGGGCCCGGGCCCGGCGAGUACUGCCUGCCGAGCCAGUUCGGCAAUGCCGGCGCGCGGAGCCUGGAGCCGCUCGAGGUGGCGGCCAGGAGUCAGAGGAGAGAGGCGCGAAGAAGUGCGUCCGGGAGGCGGAGUUUCACACCAUCUUCCAGAGCAUCCACGCUUCCGCCCGGCGUGGCCCACAGGUAGCAGCCCCGGCGCGCCUGGACAGGUAGGCCACCGGAUCGACGGAGGCGUGACCCGGGCUCGGGCUCCGCGUUCUCCUGAAGGCUUGUUGUUUCGUGUUGGUUGUGCCUCCUCGUGGUCCGCCGAGCCUGCAGCGAGGCUUGCCGUCCGCAGCAGGCACUUGUGCACAAGAGUGCCAGGCCAGUCGCGGUGGGGUGUGCAAUUGUAUCCUGCGAGCCUCAUUUCACUGAGAGUAAAAGAACUCCGAACCCGAAUCACAGAUUGAAGACGCCUCUUCAAGACUUCUCAGAAGGCCAGGGGAGCUUUUCUCUCAGGAGUGCCCGCCGACGGAGAACCACCGUGCCUUUCGGGAGCGGCAGCGAUCCUCAGACGGCUGCCCUCCUGACCAGCCCACUGCUGCUCAUGCUGGAAUCCUGGCAGGUGGCAUUCCUCGUCUGCCUGGGUAUUCUCUUGACACGAGCCCAGCUUCUUUCUGUUUGGAUGUAUGGCGUAACCGGUUAUUGCUCCAGCUUGAUCGCCCACAGCCCACGAAGAUCUACAAGGAGCCCUGUGCAACAAUGAGAAUGCGAUACCGCUGCUCUCUGGGCUUUCCCCGUGGGGCGGCCCGACCAGGAUUUUGCGGCGACUCCCGUUGUGGCGAUCAGUUUCUCCCAGGUAACCCAAGACGGCGAAAACGAGGGAAUGGGCGGUACUGGAAUUGGUAUGUGUUCCCCUUUCUGAGAGUUGCUGGAUAUUCAUGUUCGCCGCCGAAAGUUGAAGGCAUUGCCACUGGGUUUUGAGGCCCACCCAGGCGGUUGAGCCCAUGCCUCUGGCGUCGACCUGUCCCCGAAGCGGGCUGGUCGGACCUCGGAUAGCUUGGAGGCGAGCCGAUUGACCGGCGUCAUCGUCAGCUUCCUCUCCCUACCCUCUCGUUCCUCUUUCUCCUCAUCACCUACCCCUACUCCCUCCGCCCUUUGCCUUCUUUUCCCCUCUCCCCCCCACCCCCCACAAGUGCCACGCCGUGCCAAGAUUUGCGAAGCCGUCGAUGCGGAACGCCACGACGCUUUUUUAGGAGGCCUGUGGUUGUCUGGCAGCCGUCUAGAGGCAGAUGGCAGAUAGGGGUGCUGGUGAGCUAAAG